AUGAUACCCCAGCAAUGGGCUCAACCUUGUGGCAGUCAAUGCACCCACAAAUAUGCCGCUCUCAUACGGAUUCCAUGGAGAGUGUUUUGCAAGAAGGGAUGUGGUGCAGAUGGAGAAACAUGGGAAGAAUGUUUGGGAGAGUGUGAUGACAUAUGCUAUAAGGACCCUGUAUUGAAGGAUCAGCAGUGGAGUGCUUACAUUGAUCGAUCUCCUGGAGCUGCAAGUUAUUCUGAGGAAUGCUUCCAUGCCUGUGUAGCCGGUUGUGGUCACAAGUUUGAAAUUGAAGAGGAGAAAGUUGAUCAGGUGCGUCCAAACAGGCCAUGUAAGCCUUCCCCUUGGGUGAAGCCGGCCCCUGUUCAGAAGCCUCCUCCACUAACUACUAAGCCUGGUGAACCUACUGAAGACAUACCUUGCACUUCUGCAUAGAAGGAAAGAGGGAUUAAAAAAAGAAAGAAAGAAAGAAAGAAAGAAAAAUAGGUAGCACGAGAAAAGAAGGUACUGACCAGAAGAUAUACAAUUUUGUUAGCUGUGUAAUCUUGGAAGAUUCUUAAUGCUGCUUAAUUCCACUUAUGGAUAUUUAU